UCUAGUUUUCACUCAAAUCACUUUUAAAACAGCGAUUAUAAAACUUACCGAAAUCAUGUUGUGUCUGAGACUACCAUUGCUACGCCCCAAAAGCACUUUUCCUCCCUCUGACUUUUGCUACAACUACUACCAGUACAAGAUUUGGUGCUGUCUGUGAUUGGUUUGUAAAAUAUAUUCUGCUUAGCAUAUAGUUGGAAUGGCUCGAUUUUCAUUGGAUGAGAUAUCAGACACUGGUGCCUUUGUGAGAUCUGCUUCAACAUUCAGAAAUUGGAUUUCGAGGGACCCGAAUUCGCUGUUUCCACCGGAAUCAGGGAGGUAUCAUCUCUAUGUAUCAUAUGCUUGUCCUUGGGCUUCCAGGUGCCUUGCUUACUUGAAUAUCAAAGGACUUGACAAAGCCAUCAGUUUCUCGGCUGUCAAACCCAUCUUUGAGAGAACUAGAGAAUCAGAUGAAUAUAAGGGAUGGAUUUUUCCUGAAUCGGAAACCGAGGUGCCUGGAGCUGAACCUGAUAGGUUCAAUGGAGCAAAGACUAUUAGGGAACUUUAUGAAAUUGCAAGUGAAAACUAUGCCGGAAAGUACACUGUUCCGGUUCUGUGGGAUAAGAAACUCAAGACAAUUGUUAACAACGAGAGCUCAGAGAUAAUCCGCAUGUUUAAUACUGAAUUCAAUAAUAUUGCAGAAAACCCCACCUUGGACUUGUAUCCCACUGAUUUAAAAGCCCAAAUUGAUGAUACCAACGAGUGGAUAUACGAUAGUAUAAAUAAUGGUGUUUAUAAAUGUGGGUUUGCAAAGAAGCAAGAACCAUACAAUGAGGCUGCAAGACAAUUGUACGGGGCUUUGGACAAAUGUGAGGAUAUACUAAGCAAGCAACGCUAUAUAUGUGGCAAUACACUAACUGAAGCAGACAUUCGUUUGUUUGUCACUCUUAUUAGAUUUGAUGAGGUUUAUGCUGUUCACUUCAAGUGCAACAAGAAGCUGCUACGCGAAUACCCGAAUCUUUUCAAUUACACGAAAGACAUUUUCCAAAUUCCUGGCAUUAGUAGCACAGUGAACAUGGAACAUAUAAAGUUGCAUUACUAUGGAAGUCAUCCUUCUAUCAAUCCAUUUGGGAUCGUUCCUGUAGGGCCAAAUAUUGAUUAUUCUGCUCCUCAUGACAGAGAAAGGUUUUCUGCAUAGGUGGUUUAUAGCAUGUUUGUAUAAUUGUAAGAGAUUUAUGAGGAAUUUUCUGUAUCUUCUAAGUGAACUGUUUUGUUGAAUAACUGCAGAAACAAUAGUGCUUUGUUGAAAAACAUAUUUUCAAAAUAAACUGGCAUAGGUGUGUGCUUGUGUCUACUAUCUAUACUUUUAAUGUUGGAAUUUUUUUUCUGUGAUUUAGCUUCA